UUUAGCCGUCCUCGUAUGUUAGCCAGUAGUUCUAGCCACACGCAGUUUAUUCUGAAUUUGUAAGCUGAGUUGAGAGAGACGACAGCACCCCACCAGUGUCAAUGAAUGACGUGCGGAGGAGGAUUUCGUAUCAUCAUGUCCCGAGCUAAAACUUUGUGACAGGCAUCAUGGUUUUUGAGUCAAUUGUCAGUGACCUGUUAAACAGGUUCAUUGGGAAUUAUGUUGAAAACCUUGACAAGUCACAACUAAAAAUUGGUAUUUGGGGAGGUAAUGUUGUCCUUGAGAACUUGAGAGUAAAAGAGAAUGCUUUGAGUGAAUUUGAUGUACCUUUUAAGGUGAAGGCAGGGCAGAUCGGGAAGCUAAGUUUGAAGAUCCCUUGGAAGAACCUUUACAACGAUGCAGUCUUGGCAACAUUAGAAGACCUCUAUGUCCUUGUGGUACCAGGAACAUCAAUGAAGUAUGAUGCUGAGAAGGAGGAACACUAUUUGCAGGAGGCAAAACAGAAAGAACUGCAGCGCAUUGACGACGCCCUUCAAAUGGCUGCCCAGAGAGAAAAACCCAAAGAGGAGAAGAAAGACUCCUUUGUUGAGAAGCUUGCCACCCAGGUUCUCAAAAACCUCCAAGUUAAGGUCACCAACAUCCAUAUAAGAUUUGAAGAUGGUGUCUCAAAUCCAGAGAAGCCUCUCUCCAUUGGCGUGACCCUAGCGGAGCUGAGCCUGCAGACCACAGAUGCCAACUGGAACCCAUGUAUCCUUGACGAAGCCUCUAAAGUGUUUUUCAAGCUGGGGUGUCUGAAGUCCCUGUGCGCUUACUGGAAUACCACCAGAGCAUGUUUGUCAUGUGGGUCACGGGAGGAAAUUGUGGACAGCCUGAGAGCGGGAGUCAAUAUCAACGACCAACAGCUGAAGGAUUUUGAAUACAUAUUUAAACCUAUAUUUGCAACAGCAAAAAUCUGUAUCAACCCAAAUGCAGAAGUUGAGCUGAAGUCCCCUAAAGUUACCCUGCAUCUGGAGGUGGACAAAAUAUCUCUCGAUUUGACCAAACCUCAGUAUCUGACCAUGGUGGAACUUCUCGAGUCCUUGGACAACAUGAUGAAGAACGCUCCAUACAGGAAAUUUCGGCCAGAAGUUCCUGUCCAUACAAAUGCCAGGCAGUGGUGGCAGUAUGGCAUUCAGAGUGUUUUAGAGGUCCGCAUCAGACACAUGAGAGAGAUGUGGAGCUGGUCAUAUAUCAGGAAACAUCGCGAGCGACUGCGUGCCUACAGAGCUGCUUAUAAAAGUCAUCUCAUCAAGGGGAAAUUAAAGAGUGACAGUGACACACAGAUAACGGAACUGGAAAAAGUCCUGGAUGUAUUCAACAUUACAAUGGCACGGCAACAAGCCCAGAUGGAGGUAAUUAAAUCGGGUCAGAAGGUGGUGGCUAAUACAGAAGGCACCCAGAAGCAAAGCGGAGGAUUCUUCAGGAAUCUUUUUUGGCGCAAGAGCACAGAGCAGCAGAGGAAAGAUGGAGAAGAUGAAGAAGAGACAAAGUUGAAGCCUCUGGAUGCAAUUCUGACAUCAGACGAGAAAGAAAAGCUGUACACUGCCAUUGGCUACAGCGGCAGUUCACACAACCUGGCUCUACCAAAACAGUACAUUGCUGUGGUGGUGAGCGUGAAGCUGACGAGGACCUGGAUCACUCUCAGGGAAACGGAGGACGCGCCUGAAACCCUGAAGGUGCAGGUGGUCGAGCUCACCACCGAAAUCUCCCAGAGACCCGGUGCUCAGGCCAUAAAGUUGGAAGCUGGUUUGCAGCACUGGUAUGUGACUGGUCUACAACAACGUGGAGUGGUGCCUUCAAUCAUCACAUCACUUGGAACUAACACCUCUUCGUUGCUUAGCGUACGCUUUGAAGUGAAUCCUGAAGACUCAACAGCUGACCAGCUUCUGUACAUUCAGUCGCAGCCUGUAGAGAUCAUCUACGAUGCAGUAACAGUUAACACUUUGGCAGAGUUCUUCAAGCCCACAAAAGAAGUCAACUUGGAUGCCAUUUCCUCUGCAACACGUCUAAAACUAGAAGAGAUCAAAGAAAAGACCACAGCUGGGUUGUCUCACAUCAUAAAGACGAGAAAGAUUCUGGAUCUGAGAAUCGACCUGAAGCCGUCGUAUUUCAUUCUGCCAUUCUCUGGAUUCAGUGAAGACGACACUGACUUGAUGAUGCUCGACUUUGGCAGUUUUCUGUUGUGUAGCGUGGAUCAGACAUCCCGACAGGCAUUACCCAGGCAAUCCCUGGAAGACGUUAUGAACCAGGCAUAUGAGAGAUAUUCAUUUGAGCUGCGAAAUGUCCAAGUACUGUAUAGCAGAGCUGGCAAAGGCUGGCAAGCUGCUCGUCAGAAAGGCGCCUCCCCCAUGCACAUAUUACAGCCCAUGAAUUUCACACUCCAACUCAGCAAGUGUAUGGUGGACCAAGAUUCCAGAAUGCCAAGGUUUAAGUUGACUGGUGAGCUGCCACUGCUGCAUGUUAAAGUCUCUGAGCAGAAGCUGAAGGGCGUGUACAGCCUGCUCAACAGCAUUCCCUUACCUUCAGCAUCGGAUCCCCCCACCAACAAGGGUCUGACUACAUCGCUAAUGAACACAAGAACGGCUUUAAAUGCUUCUGCCCUGCUGGAUUUUGACACUGACUCUGAUGAGGAGGAUAUAUCUGAGGAUGAAGAACUCAAAAAACUUAAAAAUGCAGAGCUAACUGACCUGCAAUUUAAAUUUGAGGUCAAAGAGGUCUUGCUACAGCUAACACAGGAUGACUCCAGUGAAAAAUGCAUUUUAGCUUGUGCUUGUCAACUAAGUGCUGAAGGCAAUUUAAGAAGAUAUGACAUGGAAGUUACAUCACAUCUGCACAAGGUUAUCUUGGACCAUUAUGAUGUCCAAGAUCCCUCAAAUCAACCUUUGCAUUUGAUUCAGUCAUUUGAUGCCCAUGACGGUGACCUGUUAAAAGUUGUGUUUAAGAAAGCAGAUCCUGAAGGCCCGCAUUUUCUGAACACUUUCCAGAGUACGGAGCAAACACUUGAGGUGGAGUUCUCGUCUGUGGCCUUCCUUCUGCACACCCGGGCCCUCAUGUCCUGCAUGAGCUGCCUGACCUCUGCCUUGCCUGAAGAACUAACAGCCAGGACAGAGAAGCACAGAGAAAGUGGCAGCCUUGCGAAAGACAAUGACAAAGCAGAGGUGAAAGGGCUGAGAAAUGAAGGUGUUGCCUUGAGGGUGGUGGCUGUUCUGGGAUGCAUUGGAGUGAGGGUGUGCGACGAUGAAGCUGAUAUAGCUGACAUCAAAAUACAAGGAAUUGAUGCUUCUGCUACGAUCCAGGCUGAGAAGACUGAGGUGUUUAUCAGGCUGAAGGAUAUCGCAGUCAUGGACAUCAAUCCAGAUUCCGUCCAUAAGAAGGUCGUGUCUAUUGUGGGUGAGGAGGUGUUCAGCCUAAAUAUGAAGCUUUACAAUAAUGCCACUGAAAAAGAGGGCUACUUGGACACAUCAAAGGUCGAUGGAAGCAUUGUGCUUACACUGGGCUGUAUUGAAAUUGUGUAUCUACACACUUUCUUUCUGUCACUACUGACUUUCAUGGACAAUUUCCAAGCUGCAAAAUCCGCCCUGACUGUGGCCACCUCCCAGGCGGCAGAGAUAGCUGCCAGCAGCGUGAAGGACCUCGCUCAGAAGAGUUUCCGCCUGGCUAUGGACGUCCGACUAAAAGCUCCCCUCGUGGUCAUCCCCCAGUCCUCCUCCUGCUUUGACGCGUUAGUGGUGGACCUCGGACUCAUCACCGUGGCCAACGAGUUCAACCUGAUUCCCGCUGAUGACGAUGGCCCUUUACCUGCUCUUUUGGAAAAAAUGGAUAUCAAACUUACCCAGUUGAAACUAAUCAGAAAAUACACCAAGUGUGGUGCGGGGAGCUGUGAGGUGGAGCUUCUGGAGCCCAUCAACUUGGAGCUACAGGUGAAAAGGAACCUGUCCUCGGCGUGGUUUCACAAGAUUCCUGGGUUGGAGCUAAGGGGAGUUCUGGAGGCCAUGCAUCUCAGUGUAGGAGAAGACGAUGUUGGUCUCUUGGCAAAGAUUUUGGUGGAAAACAUUGGAGAAGAACGCAAUCGUUCUGAUGUGCAUACUCCAGACAGUAUAGCUGGCCAUCUGAAUGGAGUGAAUGGACUCAAUUCAUCUGAGGGCUUGAUAGAUGUGUCAACAUUAGAAGCCGGCGAUCUACAUUCAGUACCAAAAGAAAACGGGAUUGGGGGAAACCGAGUGAAUGUAUUGCUCAACUUUGAAAUCAAGGAGGUGACAAUGACACUGAAGAAGACUGUGGAGGAAGUGGAGGUGUCCUUUUUGGUCUUCAAUGUUUCCCAGCUCGGCGUCAACAUGACUGUAUGCACACAUGACCUUUCUGCCACCGCCUACAUCCAGGCAAUCACCUUGAAGUGUUUAGAGACCACAGACGAAGAUAAAGAACAUCUUUGCCUUGUGAGCUCAUCUGUGGAGUACGGAACGGAACUCUUAAAAGUGCAGUAUGCCAAGGCUGACAAGAAUGGACCCGAAUUUAUGACCACUCAUGAUAACACGGAGCAAACAAUAAAUGUCCUGUUCUCUUCUUUGGAUGUGAAACUACACACUGAGGCUGUGGUGUCAGUAUUAAAUUACUUCUCCAAUCUUUCAAACCGUUUACCCACAAGGAAUGUCACUGUUGACAUGGAGACCAAAGACCUGGAGGAGUUCAGUCCGCAAAGCAACAGAUGCGGUUCCGAAUCUCCCGUUGAUGGUAGUGUGAUUGAUCUUAAGAUCCUGGUGAAGCUUGGGGCAUUGAAAGUGUUGCUGUGUGAUCAUAUGUCAGAUAUUGCUGAGGUCAGAAUUCAAGGUCUUGAAGGUUCCCUGUUGACACAACGAUCCGAAACCCACAUUUCCACCAGCCUGAAGGACUUUAUCUUAGAAAAUGUGGAUCCUCAAACUCUACAUACCCAGGCUAUUUCCAUUGCUGGAGAUGAAGUAUUUCGCUUCAACAUGAGUUGGACGCCUAAAGCCACUGAAGGCGAUGGAUAUGCUGACAUGACCAAGAUGGACGGCUCUGUCAAGCUCUGCCUAGGCUGUUUUCGGAUAGUCUACUUACACAAGUUCAUCAUGUCACUGCUGAAUUUCCCUAGUAACUUUCACCCGGCGGCCAAAGGGACCUUGACUGCGGCCACCACCCACGUGGCGGAGCGGGCUGCCAGCAGCGUGCGAGAUUUGGCCCAGAGGAGCCUCCGUCUGGCACUGGAUGUGUCGCUGAAAGCCCCAGUCAUCAUCAUCCCUCAGACGUCUUCGUCCCCGGACGUGCUGCUGGCCGACCUGGGACUCAUCACCGUGGGCAACGUGUUCAGUCUUCUGCCGAUGGAGGAGGAGGGUUCUCUGCCAGUCGUGUUUGAGCACAUGAAUGUGAACCUCACACAGUUAAAGCUGUCAAGGGGACGUCUGAACGACAGCUUCAACUCUGAGAUUUUGGAACCAGUGAAUCUAGUCCUGAGCGUGCAGCGCAACCUGGCGUCCUCUUGGUACCGGAGUGCACCAACUUUGGAAAUUCAUGGUGACUUAAAGCCUAUGAAGGUGUCCUUAAGCCAGGAAGAUCUGAGAAUGGCACUCUCUAUUCUCAUGGACAACGUCGGCGAGGCAAGCGUUGGAUCCACUGAGAAGGCUAUUGGCUUGCAGCACAGCAGCGUCCACACAGUUGAACAUCCUACUGCACUAGAUCUGAACUUGGCUCAAACAAUCAAACAAACAGAAACUGCAGAACUGCUUGAGGAUCCAGUGGAAACCUUGAAAUUCAGCUUUAAUAUCAACUCACUGGGGCUGAUAUUAUUGGGCAGCAACUCUCAAAAGGUAUCAGGACAAAUGAAGGACCAUCCUUUUGGAGAAUUUACCCUACAUGAAAUCAGUACCGAGGGAAAAGUGCUCUCAGAUGGUAGUCUUGCAACAUCGGCUGUCCUUAAAAACUGCACGUUGUAUGAUCAUCGGAGCACUGGAGAAAGAGCUACAUCUAGAAUUCUGGGGAGACAAAAUGAAGAGAACAUGGCGUCCAUGAUAGAUGUGAAAUACUCCGACAACACAACAGAGAGAGAUGUUGUGCUUGUGUCACAAAAUCUCUAUCUCUGUGCUAGUGUUGAGUUUCUGUUAGCUGUGGCAGACUUCUUCAUCCAAGCCAUGCCCAAGGCAGCCUCACCCCCUACUCAAGUGGACAACAGGGCUGCACAACCACCUCAGUUGAAACAGACCUCAGAUACCUCCGGUCUUUCACACAGCCCCCCAGUGACUAAACACAGUACCAGUGUGCACGUAGUUGUGGUGGACCCAGAGAUUGUGUUUGUGGCAAAUCAAGCAUGCGUCCAAGCUCCUUCGUUCGUGGCAUCAUUCCAGUGUGACUGUCUCCUUAAGAGCGACGAGAAGUUACUGACUUUGUCAACCAUCAUUAGGAAAUUUCAACUACUUGCUUGCCCCUUUAUACACCAUGAAGAAAACAAGACUGUUUCUACGGUGGUACAGCCUUGCUCAGUGAUGCUGGAGGGGAAGAUGGACGUCAGUGGACCUAUCCAUGUCUCUGUAGAUAUAGAAGAAAUUGUAAUGAAGAUCUCGCCAGUUAUCAUAAACACACUGCUGACCAUAACGGCUGCCAUGACUCCGAAGUUGCCACUCGAGCAACAGCAACACCAGAAAGGUGAGGAAGAGUUGACUGGGUCUGACUUGAGCACCCUGUGGCACGUGAGGGACGUCGGCAGCUGCCCCUACUGGUUUCUCGGGGUGGGCGACGCCGAGGAGGUGACCGAGGACUUCAGCGAUCCCACGGAAAACUGCCGUCGUCCAGGCGACGAGAACUUCCGGUUUCGGGUGAAAGUGGUGCAGCUGACACUGGAGUCCGGGCUAGGGCACCAAACGCUGCCUCUGCUACUGGCGGAGUCCUCUCUCGCUCUGGAGGCCCACGACUGGAGCUCGAGGCUCCACCUAAACUCUGCCCUGACGCUGGAGGUUAAUUACUACAAUGAAAUCAUUGCUGUGUGGGAACCACUUAUUGAGAGAGUAGAUGACGGCAAACAGAAAUGGAAGCUCAGCUUGGAGAUGAAGACCAAUCCUACACGUGAUAGGACCCCGCUGCAAGGUGAUGACUCUGUAGUCUUUUCAGACCCUCAGACUGCCAUCACCAUCACCUCCAAGGACUCGAUGAACAUCACCAUUUCGAGAUCCACGCUGGCUGUGUUUCAGAGCCUUGCCAAGGUAUUUUCAGAGGGCGCGGCACCAUCCUUUGACCACACGCUAAAGGAGAAGGCUCCAUUCACUAUUCAGAACUCUUUGGGUCUUCCGUUGGUCAUCCAACACAACAGUCAGUUGCGUAUUGUGGACAAAUCUGGGCCCGGCAAGCUACAGGAAGUGGCUGUAGACCAAUGUCUGGACUUGACCUACUCCGGCUUCUCUGCCAUCCAACGACAAGAGAGCUGCCUCUUGAGUAUAGUUCCCACAGGUUACAGUGAGAUUUGUAACAUCGACAUAAACAAACCAGGCAGACAGCUUUUCAAUGUCAGAGGAACAGAGGUUGUGUCGGUGGUCUUGCAGGUUGACGCCAAACAUGGAAACAAAAUCAUCACAGUGAGGUCGCCUCUACAGAUCAAAAACCACUUUAGUGUCCCCUUUGCCAUUCUAAAAUUCUGUCCAUCCAACGCGGUCCUGCUCAACGUGGGUGUGGUUCCUCCGGAGAAAGAGCUGCACGUCACCCUGGAGUCCUACAGGUCUCAACUUUUUCUGCUUCCUGUUGGGAGUUUAGAGGGUCAGUACCAGCCCUCGUCUACAUGCAUCUCAUGGAAAGAGAACGUUCACACAAGCUCCGAGGUGCAGUCGGUUCUGCGGUGCCCACCAGCUAGCGAUACUAACUUCCUGCCGUUGGUUGUAAAAGUGGUGGCAGUGCCUGACGACCUCUCCUUCAUUGCUAAGCAAGGCGGGGAAGACUGGGACCCUGCCUACAUCAUUCACCUGCAUCCAGCAGUCACUAUUCGCAACCUCCUGCCCUACACUAUGCAGUAUUUGCUGGAGGGCUCAGCACAGUUCCAUGAAGUACCAGAGGGUGGCAUGUCUGACAUUCUAAACUGUCAAGCCACUGGUGAAAUCGUGGAGCUUAUGUUGCUAAACUACCACGGACGAAACUGGAGCGGCCGAAUGACGAUCGAGGAGCGCGCGGUAGAGAAGGAGGAACUGCUGUCCGUGUCCCUGAUCAGUCAGACGGAAGAAAACAUGGUGGUUGAGCUACAAGUUCACGCGUCAAAGAGCAGCAGAUGUCUGACACUCUCUUUCUUCAGCCCCUACUGGAUUAUCAACAAGACCUCCAGGGUGCUCCAAUACAAGGCCGAAGACGUCCAUGUCAAGCACCCAGCAGACUUUAGAGAUGUCAUUCUUUUUUCCUUCAAAAAAAAGAACUUCUUCAGCAAAAAUAAACUGCAGCUGAGCGUGUCUUCCAGCUCGUGGUCGGAUGCUUUCUCUUUGGACACAGUGGGAAGUUACGGCUGCAUCACAUGCCCAGACAAAAACAUUGCAUUCCUGGUUGGAGUGAGUAUACAGAUGAGUAGUUUUAAUUUGACCCGUCUGGUGACGUUUACUCCGUUCUACAUGCUGACCAAUAACACCUCGUAUGAGCUGGAGGUGGGGGAAAUACUACAUGAGGACGGUCCAAGCAGGAUACGCUGGCACUACGCUGGAUCUAAAGAGUGUGUAGGGCUUUGGCCAGAACAAACAACCAGCAAACUUUGUGUCCGCUGGGUGGGAUCUGAAGUCAGCUCCAAGUCUUUCUACCUAAACAAGCAGGACAGCGGCACACUACUCAGGAUUGACGGGUGCGGAGGGCUUCUUGUGGAUGUCAAUACUUUGGAUCAUUCAACAGUCAUCUGCCUUUCUGAUUACUACGAGGGCUGUGCACCUGCACUGCUGAUUAAUCACACAUCCAGUGUGAGCAUUCAAUUUCAACAGAGUGGAUGUGAUGUGCACCAUGCCCUGCGGUCAGGAGAGGUGCAGCGGUUUGCAUGGGACGAGCCUUCAGGGGUUCGCAUGCUCAUCUGGCGUAUUGGAGAACACCAAGGAGAACUAGAUCUGGUCAAGGAUGAGCAUGGAUCAGUUGUGAUUGGUGGCGAGUACCCGGUGUACUGGGGAAGCUUCCUAGACGGCCGCCAGCGCGUCCUGCUCUUCACACAAGAUCACGCUCUGAUGGCCAAAGCACGACAGGCUGAAGACCUGGAGCAAUGCCAGCAGGAGGUCAACGUGUCUCUCCAGAAUCUGGGGCUGUCGCUCAUCAACAACCAGAAUAAGAGAGAAAUCGCUUAUUUGGGCAUCACCAGUUCAGGUGUGGUUUGGGAGAUGAAGCGAAAAAACAGAUGGAAGCCCUUCAACCAGAAAAACAUCGGCUUGCUUGAGAAGGCUUAUCAACACCAUGUCUCAGCCAACACAGGCCCUAGCUGGGUGAAAAUGGGUGAACGACAGAGCAAUUUGGAAGUUAAUUUUGGAGAAGCACCAAUGCAAAUGCGGCAUCCCUAUUCGUGCCCCAUCCGGAGAAAUUCCUUAGCUGGGAUUCAAGUUGAAUACAAACAGUCCCAACACCAGAGAAGCCUGAGGGCACGACUUUAUUGGUUACAGAUUGAUAACCAACUCCCUGGGGCCAUUUUCCCUGUUGUAUUCCACCCUGUUCCUCCUCCCAAGUCAUUGGCACUGGACUCAGAACCGAAGUCCUUCAUUGAUAUGAGUGUUAUUACCAGAUUUAAUGAACACAGCCAGGUGACACAGUUCAAGUACUUCAUGGCGCUUGUUCAGGAAAUGGCGGUAAAAAUUGAUCAUGGUUUCUUGGGAGAAAUAAUCACUCUCCUUACUCCCAUGGAGGACUCCCAGAUAAGCAAAACAGAGUCCAUCAGAAAAGAUUUAGACACUUUACAGGGGGAGCUAAUGGAUGCCUCAAUGACCGAUAGCUCAGGUUCCAGCUUUAUUGAACAUUUUCACAUCUCCCCUAUUAAGUUGCAUCUCAGCCUGUCUCUGGGUGGAGAUGAUGUGGAGCUGCAAGGACUCCAGUCAUUAAAUCUGCUUCUUAAAAGUUUUGGAGCAACACUAACAGAUGUGGACGAUCUUGUGUUCAAACUUGCAUUCUUUGAGGUCCGUUUCCAGUUCUACCGAAGAGAAAAGCUGAUGUCGGCAGUCAUUCGGCAUUACUCAGAGCAGUUCCUGAAGCAGAUGUAUGUUUUGGUGUUGGGGCUGGAAGUCCUUGGCAAUCCUUUUGGCCUCAUCAGAGGUCUUUCAGAGGGAGUGGAGGCCUUUUUUUAUGAACCAUUUCAGGGGGCUGUACAGGGGCCAGAGGAGUUUGCUGAAGGCUUCGCCAUAGGAGUUCGAAGCCUCUUGGGGCACACCGUGGGAGGGGCAGCAGGGAUGGUGUCUCGAAUCACAGGCUCAGUGGGCAAAGGCCUGGCUGCCAUCACCAUGGACAAAGAAUAUCAACAGAAACGCAGAGAGGAUAGAAACAGACCUCCCAAAGAUUUUGGAGAGAGUCUUGCCAAAGGAGGAAAGGGUUUUCUGAAGGGCGUGGUCGGGGGUGUGACUGGCAUUGUCACCAAACCUGUUGAAGGUGCAAAGAAAGAAGGUGCUGCAGGCUUCUUUAAGGGCAUUGGAAAAGGUCUGGUGGGUGUGGUCGCCAGGCCGACUGGAGGCAUUGUAGACAUGGCCAGUACUACCUUUCAGGGCAUCCAGAGAGCGGCAGAAUCAGCUGAGGAAGUGAAUAAACUACGGCCAGUGAGGCUCAUCCAGGAAGACGGUGUGAUCAGGCCAUACAACGCACACCAGGCCCAAGGCUAUGACUUUUACCAGAGAUCAGGUAUAAGACCGGAGGAUGGUGAAUUUUUCAGAGAACACUUUGAAUACCCCGGACAUAGGAAUACCAUUAUAAUCGUAACCAACAGGCGGGUGAUGUGUGUCAAGGAAAUCGAGAUUGUUGGCCACUUCAGCAAGGACUGGGAGUGCCUCUACAAGUUUUUCUAUUCGCUGCCCAAGGUAGAAGAGGCUGACGUCAAGCUUUACUGUAAGGAGCAACAAAAACUGAGGAUUGCAAAGAAGGAUGGCCAUGACGUGAGGACGGUGCACAUGAGACAUGCAGGACUUGCUGAGAAAUUGCACAAUGCCAUCGUGAGGGCUCAAGAGGCCCAUCACCAACAGCAGAUGACUUCCUUCCGAUCUCCUCACCGCCUACAGCCUUGAACAAUUAUCACCUAUAAGCCUUAUCUUCCAAAUCUUGACUGGCAGUUAACAUUUUUAGUUAACUGUAUUUUUUCACAUAAUGUGUAAUGUCUUUCAUUUUUGAUUCUGUUAUUGUAUUCCAGAACAGAUUGUUUUCCAUAUUUGUUGUGAUUGAAAUGGUGGUGGGGAUCCUUCUAUCUUUGUUUACUUGCUUGCAUUAGGUUGUGAAUAUUAUGGUUAGAGGUUUGUGACCAAGAUUGUUUGUGCAAAAGUUUAAUUAUUUUGGAGGGCUUCUUGGGUCUUUGUGUCAUCAUGAUGUUGAAGGAAAAUUCCGGCCAAUUUCCACAUGCACUUGUUUUGCUCACGCUACUCUACUCUCUAUUAGGUGAUUUACAGUACCUCUCAACUUAACCUGGUUUACUCCUGAGCCAGCUUCUUAGUAUACCCCUCAGCUAAUGGAGGAAUGGGUUUGUUUACAUAUUGUUUGACCUCUGGCACAGGGGACCAUGGAGUCAUAAUCCGUCCAUGUGAACAAGAAAAAUCUUCGUAUACUGGCAAGUAAAGGAAGGCUAGUGUGACCAAUACAUCUUGAAAUUGGCCCGAAUUCUAAUUUAAUUGAAAACAAAUAAAAUAAAUAAUUUUGCUAAACCCUGCCAUGUCUGCCUUAUUGCCAUCAAAGUAGCAAUCUGUUUGCAAGCAUGUUUUGAGUUAUAGAGGAAAAAAAAGAUUUAUCAAGCAUGGGUGAAAAUUGUC